AUGGAUCUUCAAAGCCGAGCCACAGUAUUUUGCAUCAAGAGCCUGAAUCUGAAGCUGGACCCUGCAGAGAAGAUGCGCAAGGAUGUGAUCUCCUCCGCACGGAACUUCCUCAUCCACGUGGCCCUGCCGAGAGUCACUCCUUUUAUCUUAGAAAAAUCGGACAGCCUAAGAAGAGCAGGCAUCACCUGUCAAUGCAUAAUGUGAAAACCCUGGUCACAGUUUCUAUUCCUGUCUGCAAAUGAAUAGGCCCAGAAAGAUGUCAGAGACUUUUUGAAUGGACACAGAAAUUCUACUUAUUAAGAACAAGUUUGGCUCAGGUAACUGACCUUUAUAGCUGAAAGAAAAGACUAUUUGGAAAGUAUGAAAAGAUUUUUUGUGAUCUGAGUACACUGUCAUGCAUAUGAUAUUCAGCAGCUGAAUGGUGGUAAAAUUGUAGAUGAUGUUCAAGUCAU